AAGCAUCAACAUUUUGCGUUUGGCAACAGUACUGUAGCGGCGCUCGGGUUGAUAUUGGAAUGAGAAUAGUAACUUAAAUGUAAGGGAUUUUCCGGAAGAAAAACAAUGAAUUUUACGGACGAGGAAUUCGAGGAGGCCUGCCGUGAGUUAGAGAAUCCUGCCAUUAGCGAAUAUGAGUUUUUCGUGGAAUCUGCGGGUGUACAGAUCUAUAGAAAAUAUCGGGAGAAUUCCGGUCUUUAUGAAUAUAAAACUUUUGGGACUUUGGAUGGUGUUGGACCUGCAGUGUGUUCCCAGGUUUACUGUGAUCUGGAGUACCGUAAGAAAUGGGACGGAUACGUCAACAAAUUGGAACAGUUCACAGAGGGCGGCAGACAGGGUAUCUAUUGGCGAGUCAACUUCCCAUUCCCAAUGUCAUCCAGAGAUUAUGUCUAUAUUCGAGAAACUAGGGAGUUUGAUAUCGGAGGCCAGCAUAUAUGGGUGAUUUUGGGCCGCAGUGCACCGUUUGAUUCAAGGCCCCCUAAGUCCGGUGUUAUCCGUGUGGACGACUUUGAGCAGAGCAUGGUCAUCACAGCAAAUGGGGAAAGUGGCUCAAAAGCAUUCAUGCAUUACUAUGAUGACCCCAAAGGGAUGAUUCCAACGUGGGUAAUCAACUGGGCGGCCAAAACGGGAGUUCCUGGUUUCAUCAAGACUAUGAAAGUUGCAUGCAAUGGUUACCCAGCUUACCUGGAGAAGAAGACUAAGGGUAAAGGAGCGGCUGGUAAAGAGACUAGCUAGCCCAGAUGCUGCGGCAAGGGAUCACUGCUGCAAGGCCUGGGAUUUGUUUUGUUUUUAAGUGACUUAAAUCAUAGCUUAAAUUUACACAAAACCUCAGGAAAUAAGGUAAAUACUUAAGUUUUCUAUUUUAGGGAGUCAUGUUACACAAAUUCUAUAAUUUCAACCAUAAUUUCCAAUAUUUCCAUUUUGUAAAAUGUUUUGAAUUAUGAACAUAGAGUCUUUGCAUUCAGGCUGAGUUAGGGGGCAAUGUUACUUGUAUGUACAUGUAUAGGCAUGAAUAAACCUUUUGUGCUUUCAAUGUUAAUAAAAUUAAUAUAACAAAAAAAUGCCCUCUGUCAUGAUGCCUGCAAAGCACCAAG